AUGCUUGGACCUCUUCAGCCGAGGACCCAGAUCGGCGGACUGAUCUUCGGCAAGGAGGAUGUGCAGCCCGUGCAGAAGGAUUUGCCCCUCGUGGGUUCGAACUACGUCUUCCCGAAGCCGCUUCCCUGGCUUCAGGCGACAACGCCGGGCCAGGGCUUUGGAGGCGACGUGACCAUGCCGGUCACUCUGGCGGAGGCGCAGCUGCCACGGGAUGCCGUGCACGACAACGCCAUGGCAGCGCGCAUGUCAGCGUGCGAGAAGCGGCUGGAUGGCUUCGAGUCUCAGGCUGGCUAUGUGCGGAAGCUUGAGGAUGAGCUUUCGGCACUUCGCAAGGUGGUCGAUGAGCGUAGCAUCGUAGAGACUCAGAGGUUCCACCAGCUGGAGGGCAAAGCCCAGCAGUCCCACGUGCACGAGACGCAGCUCCAGGACCAGCUGGCCGAGUUUCAGCAGUUUACUACGCAGACACUGAGUCGGCAGCUCGCCGACCACGUGGACAUGGAGUGGCGCCUGGCCAUCAAACAGAAGGAUGUGGAGCUCUCAGUGCUAGUCGUGUCGACCGAUGAGCCUUCUUUGGAGAUCAUAUUUGGUAGAGCGCUCCUUUUUGUGGUCUUUCACGACGAUGAUGAGCACAUCGACUGCAGCAGCGGCUGUCAAGAUGAGUCAGCGUACUUGCAGAAAGCGCAGGUUCAAUCUGACCUGGAAAUGCUGAAUGCUUCGCUGGAGGAUCUUGGCAUGCACUUCACGGCCUUUACUCCGCUAAGCUAUUUUAUCCUGCCCCAGCUUCGGGUGUCCGAUAACUCGGACAACGACCCAGCUGAGGAUAUGCGGGAGAAGCUGCUCACUUCUCAGGCCGACGGCCUCGGCCGCUCAGUGGAUCUUGGUGACGGGUUUGCGGCCCAGGAGAUCGACUUCCUGAAGCAGCACCUGAGCAGAUUGCAGCAAGGGAGAAGGUCUUACGAGCUUCGGUCUGAGCAUCGGAAAGCCAAGUGUGUGCUCGCACUGGAAGAGCGCAUGGGCAUGGAGCGCAAGGAGCUGUAUGUUUGGACCUUGUGGGGAGGGGAGCGCCCGCCUGCAGGAGGUGUCAAGCAGGCCAAGGAGGAGAUCCAGCUCCGGCUUUCGGAGACGCAGCCAGCCUGGAAGUCCGGUCGAGGCGACGUCGACGCCUUGAAGGGGGCCUUGAUGUCCACCACGCGGAAAUCCCAGGCCGAGGCUGUCGCUAUUGACGUGGAGCGCGUCCGACGCGUCGGGAGGCUCGGGAAGAAGAUCUUGCAGCGUCGGGCUGAUGAGUCGGACAUACCACGGAUCUCAUUACAAGGGCACAAGUCCAUACCGCUCCGCGCCACAAUGUUGGUGCAGAGAGUGGCGGCCAUGUUCGACGAGCUUCGUGAUCAAGUGGUCGCCAUGGUCCAGGAACAUGAGCAGCAGGGAAACCAGGUGACAGAGCUCCACGGACAGCUGGCUGCCCAGACGCAGCGGGUGGAAGCCGUGGAGGCAGAGCUUCAGGGACUGAGGCAGCUAUUGGUGAGCGAGACGGAGACGCGUACACCGCCAUCCCCGAAUAAUAUGGUGGACUCUCCGAGUGACUCUCCCAUUUCGGGUUCCGCCGAAGAGAUGAGGCCAAGCCGAAGGGCCACUACCAAGGCGCUCCUGAAGCAUCUGUAUGCCCGGGUUGGGGCCAAGGCCGAGGAAAUGGGUGCGGUGUGGCACCCCGGCAUGGACAUCAGGAGCGAGCGUAUAAUGCAGCGAAAGGGAGUGGUGGGCUUCCUGAGCUUUGGAGAAGUUUUCGAUGUGAUCGAGGAAUGGCCGGGCAGACAGGGCACCGUCUUCCUCAAGCUUGCACGUGAUAAGGGUUGGGUUUUCAAUAGGAGCCGCACUGGCACCUUCUGCGUGCCGGUGGGAAGCGAAUGGCAGGAUUGGCGAAGCCACAAGCCCUGGACGGCCACUAACAGAGACUGGAAUGGCUGUGACCGCGAAGGCGACCAGGGGAGUCGGUCCAGCUCUUCUUUGAAAGGCCAAAAUGACAAGUGGGUGUGGGAUCAGAAAGACCGUGGUUGGUGCUGUGAACAGCACCAGCAUGCAGGGAACAGCCAAGAGUCCAGCUUUUCGUGGAAAGGCCAGGGAGAGAAGUGGACAUGGGAUCACAAAGACCAUGAUGGUUGGCGCCAUUGA